AUGGCGAUCGCAGCAACGAUUAUUGGAGUGGCUGGGAAUGUUGUUGCAGCGUUGAUACUCACUUUCAUAAGGAUUGCAAAGAAGAAAUCCACGGAAUCCUUCUCAUCGGUGCCCUAUAUCGCUUCACUCCUAAAUUGUAUUCUCUGGGUUCUGUAUGGCUCGCCAAUCAACAAAAACGCAAUGCUGGUCGUCACCAUCAAUGGGCUUGGGACGGUUCUCAACGUGAUCUACGUCUUGCUUUUCUUGUUCUACGCGAGGAAAUCGCCCAAGGCAUUGUACCGGAUUUUCAAGACCAAAAGUGUCGAGUUCUUACCUUUUUACCUGUGCUUGACCGUCUUCAUCAACAGUGCCCUGUGGUUUGUGUACGCACUCUUGAAGCACGACAUUUACAUACUGGUGCCCGACGAGAAGGAAGCCAAAGAGAGUGAAUCCCCGGAUUUGGAGAGUGGAAUUGAGUUGCCCAAGCAAAAUGGGAAAUUUGUUGACGUAGCUCUUAACACCUCUACCACGGCAGCUCAAUCGUGA